AUGCCGAUCUGCAUCCACUGCGCGACACCCGUCGAGUCCCUGUACAUGCGAUAUGGUCAGGACCACAUCGUGCUCUCUCCGUGCGCUUCCGAAAUCUGCUCGCCUGUCUCCGCGAAAGCUUCUUUGAAUAAGGGCAAUAGCAGCAGCGACAAGACAAGCGCAGCAGCGGUCGUGCUCGCAGACGAGUACCUCGAACACGACUUACCCAUCGUGAUUAUCGACCUGAUUCUCGCCAAACCGCAAGCCUACCGGCACUUGCUCUUCAACCGCUCAAGCAUCUUCGCUUCUUCUCAUCCGUCCUCUGCAGCUGCUGUUGCGCACGAUGGGCGUGACGGCGCGGGGCGGCAGAUAUGGGAGCUGCUGAAGCGGGUCUUGGCGCUAUCGCUGGUUGAUGCGUAUAUCAGGUGGUUCUACAUGUGCGUGCAGCCGCCGCUACCGGCGUGGCGGGAGGUGGAGAAAGGAGGCCGGACGAAGGUGUCGGAAAGGUUUGCCGGGGUGCUGUCUAUGCAUCUGCCUAUGCAGGCGGGCAUGUUCUUCCCCUCGCUGUUCACCCCGCGCACGAUUUCCACCGAAGACAAUGCGAUCCGUGCGGUCUGCAGCGCAGUCCCACUUUGGACCGCCCGAGCGGUGGCUGGCGCCGAGGCGGAUGCGGUCCUCUCCACCCUCAUCUCGUACUCCAACACGCUUCUCAUCACUCUGGCCGAAACCGCUGCCCUCCACCUCACCGUCACGCUCCUCACACACUCCACCAUCCACUUCUCCGCUCCCGCCCAAGCCCGCCUCAGCAACAACCCGUUCACACCCAGCAAAGCCCUUCUGCUAUCCCAACUCUCUCCGCUCCUCCUCCUCACCUUCGUCCUCCUCUGGAACACGAAAUUCCCCCACCACUCGCACCUGCACUCCGACUCCCCGCCGCCGCAGCACAGCAGCAGGGCCCACUUAGUCUGGAUCAUCCGCACCUUCCUCACCAGCCUCAAUGCCGGCGUCGCCAUCGCCACCGUGCUGCCAAAGGGCGGAGGCAGGCUCAAAAGGCUCGCUCCAGCGAUGAUACUGGCGGCUGCUUGGACCGUGCAGGCUCUCACCAGCGCCGCUUUGUACAGCUGGCUGUCCUAG